AUGACCGAGCAAAGGCAUGAUGCCAUAUGGGUUGUUGUCGAUAGGCUACCAAAGUCUGCGUACUUCACACUGUUCUGUGCAACAUAUUCAAGAAAGAUAUUAGAAAAGCUUUCAAGAAGCCAUGGGAAUGAAAUUGACCUUCAGCACCGCCUUUCAUCCUUAAACAUAUGGACAAUCUGUGAAAGCAUCCAGAUUUUAGAGGACAUGCUUCGUGCUUGUGUUUUAGACCUCGGUGGAAAUUGGAAGAAGUAUCUCCAUUUAGCCGAGUUCGCCUAUAACAAUAGUUAUCAGGCUAGCAUUGGAAUGGCACCAUUCGAAGCAUUGGUUUCUCCGCGCAAAGGAAUUACUCGCUUUGGUGUAAAGGGAAAACUUACACCACGGUACGUUAGACCAUUUCAGAUCACACAACGGGUCGGUGUCGUUGCUUACCGCCUUGAUCUUCCUCCAAAAUUGUCUCACGUGCACAAUGUGUUCCAUGUUUCUAUGCUUCGAAAGUGUCAAGCUGAUCCAAACGCCAUUGUGCAAUGGUAUAGCAUGUCGAUCCAGGAUGACAUGACUUAUGAGGAAGCACCAAUACAGAUUCUUGACCGGAAAAUGAAAAGCCUACAUCAACGUGAGAUACCGUUAGUGAAGGUGUUGUGGCAACACCAUGACGUUGAGGAAGCAACGUAG